CACCUCCUGCUCCCCAAAGGCCCCAGCUACUGUCCCGUCAGCCCCCUCCCUGCCUCGGACACCGGCUGGAACUCAGCCUCUUUCCUCCAGGAGGGAACAGAAGCAUCUGACACCCAACCUCAUACCUCAGCCCCGGGAGCAGCAGCUGCGGAGUCCCCCCCGACUCAGGAGAGAGCCCAGCGUUGCCCGGCACUUCCACGCCCAGGAUGCGGCGCUCAGUCCUGGUAAGAAACCCAGGCCACAGAGGCCUGAGGCCCCCCCAUGAAGAACUUGACUCCGACUCAGAAGACCUGGACCCCAAUCCUGAAGUGGACCCCGUUUCUGAAGAGCUAGAGCCUGAGCCAGAAGACCUCAACACUGUCUCUGAAGACGUGGACCCCAGUGAUGAAGACCUGGGCCCUGUUCCCGGGGAGCUGGACCCCGAGGCAGAAGCCCCGAGCUCCGGCCCCGCCACCCAGGACUCCGAUCCCCCGGAGCUCGACCCCAUGUCGUCGAGUUUCGACCUCGACCCAGACGUCAUCGGCCCGGUCCCCCUGGUUCUCGACCCCAACAGUGACCCCCUCAGCCCCGAUGCGCCCCCAGACCCAGACCCCCUCUCGUCGGGUCUCACUGCCACCCCCGAGGUCCUGGCGGCCAGUGCGCCGGUGCUUCCCGCCCCCGCCAGCCCGCCGCGGCCCUUCUCCUGCCCCGACUGCGGGCGCGCCUUCCGCCGCAGCUCGGGGCUGAGCCAGCACCGCCGCACCCACAGCGGGGAGAAGCCCUACCGCUGCCCGGACUGCGGCAAGUCCUUCAGCCACGGCGCCACGCUGGCGCAGCACCGCGGCAUCCACACGGGCGCGCGGCCCUAUCAGUGCGCGGCGUGCGGCAAGGCCUUCGGCUGGCGCUCCACGCUGCUGAAGCACCGCAGCAGCCACAGCGGCGAGAAGCCGCACCACUGCCCGGUGUGCGGCAAGGCCUUCGGGCACGGCUCCCUGCUGGCGCAGCACCUGCGCACGCACGGCGGCCCGCGGCCGCACAAGUGCCCGGUGUGCGCCAAGGGCUUCGGGCAGGGCUCGGCGCUGCUCAAGCACCUGCGCACGCACACCGGCGAGCGGCCCUACCCGUGCCCGCAGUGCGGCAAGGCCUUCGGCCAGAGCUCGGCGCUGCUGCAGCACCAGCGCACGCACACCGCCGAGCGCCCAUACCGCUGCCCGCACUGCGGCAAGGCCUUCGGCCAGAGCUCCAACCUGCAGCACCACCUGCGCAUCCACACGGGCGAGCGGCCCUACGCCUGCCCCCACUGCUCCAAGGCCUUCGGGCAGAGCUCGGCGCUGCUGCAGCACCUGCACGUGCAUUCCGGGGAGCGCCCCUACCGCUGCCAGCUGUGCGGAAAGGCCUUCGGCCAGGCCUCCAGCCUCACCAAGCACAAGCGGGUGCAUGAAGGGGCGGCGGCGGCGGCGGCGGCGGCAGCUGCGGCUGCAGCCGGCCUGGGCCUCAGCCCCACGGCGGUGCUGAGACCAGGGCAGGUCUCCCUCCUGGGGCCUGAGGCGGCUGCAGUGCUUGGCUCUGGCCUGGGCCGCAGCCCUGGCUCUAGCUCUGGCCUUGGAUCUGAUCCCAGCUCUGUUCUGGGUGCCCACCCCAAUGUCAGCCUCAACCCGGCCCCUGGCUCUGGGUCUACCCCUGCCCCACAAGCUCUCAAGCCCUCUGAUCCUGUGCCCGGUGGUGAUGCCAGUCCUGACCUCGAGACCAGCCCUGGCCAUGGAUCUAGCCCCAGCCCCGAUGUGAGUCCCACGCCCAGCCCGGACCCCAACCCCAAAUCCUGCCCUGACCCUGGUUCUCCCACCCACAACACUGUCAGACCAGCGCUCCCUACCGGUGAGAGUCCCGAGUGGCUGCAGCAGCAAGGGGCCCUCCUGGGGCCUGAUGGCUGAAGGGGGCGCCGGUACCAUGGGGGUCCCUGGGGAAGUUGUGUGUCGUGCAGUUAGUAAAAUCUUCCCACUGCCUC